AUGGUGAGGGCUGGCGCGGCCUUUUAUAGACGGCGGGGGAGGGAGGUGGGCGGGCGAGCCGUCGGUGGCGCGUGCCCCGAGGGAGAGGCGGGCGGCUGGCGGCACGCGCGACCACGGUGGCGUGUGAAAGCGAGGCAGCGGCGGCGUGUGAAGGCGCGGCGCGGCAGGCGAGAGAUCGGUGGCGUGGGAAGGCGUGAGGACGGUAGGCGCGGCAGUGGAAGCGUCGGUGGCGUGCGGGCGGUCACCGCAGCGGCGGCAGCCGACCGGUCGCGUCAACUGCCGGCCCGAGGCGGAAGGCUGGCGGCACGCGCCCGGUCGCCUCACGCGCGGCAGUGGACGGUGCGGACUACGAGGCUACCAGGCGGGCGGCAGAGAUGGCGCAGCAGUAGCUUCGCAUGCCGUGAUCCAAUGAGCAGUCCACCGCAGUACGCAGAUGUCUCCUCCCUCCUGGCAGCUGCGGGUGGCCACCAGCUGCCGCCGCUCGACGGCCGCGUGGCCAUCGUGACCGGUGGCGCUGGCGGCAUUGGCGCCGAAGUCACCGCGCACCUCGCAUCCCUCGGCGCUCGCAUCGUCGUCGGCUACAUCGGCGACUCGGCACCCGCGGACCAGCUGGUCGCAUCCCUCAACGCGGCCGCAGGCAGCUCCGGGCCACGUGCGGUCGCGGUGUGUGCCGACGUGUCGGACCCUGUGCAGGUGGAGCGUCUGUUCGACGCGGCGCAGGCGGCGUUCGGGCGCGACCUCCAGAUCGUGGUGGCGGCCGCCGGGUUCCAGGACGCGGCGUACCCAGCCAUCGCGGACACCGAGCCGGAGCAGUGGGAUCGCGCCUUCGGAGUGAAUGCGCGCGGCACGUUCCUGUGCUGCCGGCAGGCUGCCCGGCGGCUCGUCAGAGGCGGCGGCCGGCGGAUAGUCACCUUUUCUUCGUCGAACGUUGCGUCGCUCCGGCCAGGGUAUGGCGCGUACGUGGCGACGAAGGCGGCCGUGGAGGCCAUGACCAAGGUGCUGGCCAAGGAGCUCGCCGGAACUGGCAUCACGGCCAACAGCGUGGCGCCGGGGCCGGUCGCCACGCCCAUGUUCUACGCCGGGAAGUCCGAGGAGCGCGUGAGGGUCGUCGCCAACGAGUGCCCCAUGAAGCGCAUCGGCGAGCCAGCGGACGUGGCGCCGGUGGUCGGCUUUCUCUGUAGUGACGCCGCCGGGUGGAUUAAUGGCCAGGUGAUUCGGGUCAAUGGUGGGUACGUGUAGU